AAUGGAGUUAAUGUGAUGCAGUCUACACAUACUGAUGUAGUCCAGCUCAUAAAAUCAUCGACACAAGUAGUACUGACAGUGCAACAAAAACCAGUAGUGUCAAGUGGCGUGGCAGCAGUAGCAGCGAUAGCAACAUCAACUACAGCAACAACAACUUCCGGUUUACAAGUCGGAGUAGUUGGCACUACGAGUCAACAGCAUCAACGUCCGGUCAGUUUGUCGGCGACUGGAAACAUGUCACCUUCACAACCGGCGACCUCUCUUCACCGAGCAUCGACUGCACCGGCAGGCAGUGCUCCAUGUAAUACUCGAAUUACAGGACCACAACCAGUUGAUCUCGAGAAGAAGCGGCAGUUGGAAACACAGAGAGUCCACACAUUCCAGCUUAUGUUGGAAAAAGAACAAAGUUACGUAGACAAAUUACGGAGCGAGUUGGCAAAAGCUGGUACUGGCAGUGGUAACAUCAAUGUCACAGCCGUACAAACGGAGCUAGCGGGUGCCGAGAGGAGAGUACGCACUUUGCAGGAACAACUUGCAGCGAUUAGUACAACUAAUGAACAGCUUUGCUCAUUGGUAACAAACACUUCGUGUUCCUCGGGUUAUUGUCCACCCUCGAACAACGGCAGUGGCGCAGAUGUACCACCCCCACUGCCGUCGCGCAAAUCCUUAUCCAUGCAAAGUCUUUCUCCGCCGCCUUUGCCUCCCAGACCUCCACCUGCCACACAAAACACAGUCCAACCGGAGGUGGACCGACAUCUGCUGAUUCACUUAACGCCUUCAACCAUCAAUCAGGGUAUUUCUAACUCUUUUUCUCAAGAUGCCAAUUUGAGCGCUUCAAGUGCUCUCAGUAAACAUCAGCGAACAAAGUCCAGUCCGGAACAGUUGGGAACAACAGCAAUAUCUCCAUUGGAAGCUAGUAGACGUUUAAUUGCCUCUGAAUCGAUGAAUGAUUUGUUACCUCCGGGACAUGUCAGGCAUAAUGAUAUCGAUAUCAAUGAAUUACCUCGUACACCACCGGGGACACCACCACCACCGUAUCCUGCUCCCGUUUUAGGGCAAGACAUUUUCUCGUCCACAUUAAACGAUGCACUUGCGACUGAUAUCAUUCCUGGAUUGCCAGCGUUCCAACAGCCAAUUAUGUCAAUGGAAGAAGAUGACGUUAGCGAUCAAGAAAUCGGUCAAUUAGAAGAUCAUGGACCGUUCCAAUCUCUAUCCAGGCUGUGGGGGCAUCAUGCACACCUUGCUGUAUUUAUUAAUUAUGUACUAUCUAAUAGUGAUCCUUCUAGUUUGUUAUUUUAUUUAGUAACUGAUUUAUACAAGGAAGGAAAUGCCAAAGAGAUGAAAAAAUGGGCAUAUGAAAUUCAUUCUAGUUUUCUAGUACCUGGUGCGCCAUUACGUUUGCAUAAUGUAGAUGAGAAUGUCGCAAAUGAGAUUGAUGAUGUCCUUUUGAAAGAAUCUGAUAAAGAAGAAAUUCUCAGAAAGAUAUUUUGGAAGGCACGUACCAGAGCAAAGGAAGAAUUGAAUGAACAAUUGACGCAUUUCCAACAAAAGAGAACCGCGGGAUUGGCCACAAUUUUCGGUCCAACCGAUAUUUCGCUUGAUGAGAGUAUAUCCGAUAAAGCACGUGAAACAAAAAUUAUUGAAACAUAUCUUCUACCAAAAAUGGAACCUUACCUGUAAGAUUUAUUUAUGAAAUUUUUUAACAAUUUUUC